UAUCACGAAUAUCAAUAAACUAGAAACAAGCAAAAAUACGAAUUCGUUUGCGCUCCCGCUACCGAUUCCGAGAACGAUCAUUCGGAAUGGAAUGGGAUUUCAAUAUUAAUAUAGUAGGUAUAGUGACGAUGUGAGCGUUUUGUCGAAUAGUCAGCAUUGUUGAAAUACUUGACGAUGAUUUGAAUAAAAAUAUAUAAGUACGAUAAAAUUGGCAUCACCGAGACAAUGGAUCUAUUGAAAGCAAUUCAAGCAUCCAGUUCACUAGAGAAGGUCAAGGAAAUAAUUGACAGCAUAGGCAUUCCGGCAGAUUCCAACUAUUUUGACUAUGAAUGUUUAAAUGCUGCCUUUGAGACAAGGCAAAAAGACGUUGCAAUUUUCCUGCUACAAAAAGGCUGCAGAGUGAACAGAACAAUGGAGGUUUCUACAGCUGUUGAUACACCUCUUCAUCAUGCUGUGAAGCAGAGCGACAUGGAACUUGUGCACCAACUGUUGAACAGAAAGGCAUCCAUUACUGAAACUAAUAAGGAUCAAAAUACACCUGUACAUCUUACUUUUAUGACUAGAAAUGAUCAAAUGGUAGAUGCCAUGCUUCUACAUGUCAAGCACACUAACUAUGCAAAUCCAAAAGACAAGCAAGGUUUGAUUCACAUGCACAUUGCAUGCAUGAGAAACAAUGUAAAAGUUGUUCAAGGCUUUUUAGAAAACGGCAACGACAUUGAGCAUCAAAUCAAUUUGGAUUCUUAUUUCAUGGCAAAUUACAAACCCCUACAUUUGGCAGUUGUAUUCAUGUGCUUAGAUGUGGUGAAAGUACUCUUGACAGCAGGUGCCAAGAACAAUCUAUACUCAAAUGAUAAGAUUUCACCCAAAAAUCUAGCAAAACAUAAUUUUGGUAAUGCAUCAAUAAUUGAAUAUCUAAUUCUUGGUAAGGAUGAAAAGUAUCUUUACUGCAUGCCCCAACGUGGAUUAUCAAACUUUCACUAUGUCUGCAUGACAAAUGACUCGUCUCUAGUGAAAAAGUUUAUAGAAAAUGGGGUGGAUCUUGAUAGGCUCUGUAAAUAAAAAACUAGCAUAUUGCUCAGGGUACACACCUUUGCAUUGUGCUGUAGAUAGUAACUUUAAGAAAAAUGUCGAGGUACUUCUUCAACAUGGUGCUUCUGUUGAGAUUCAGGAUUAUAACUGCAUGACUCCAUUGCAUCUGGCAUUGUACAAUGAUAAAAAAGAGGGUAGUUCUAUGAUAAAUGACGACGUGUCAGAUUACGAUGAUGAUGAUAAUGAUUAUGAGGAUCAAGUAACU